GAUAUUAUUAUGGUUGCUUGAAUGCGUCUGCCAAUGAGUGAUAAUAAAAGGCUGGGAGUGCAUGAAGUGUGCAGCUCUCCCAACUUCAUUCGACAGUGGUUUGUUUUUUGCGCCGCCGAUUGACCGCUUUUUCCUUGCAGCGUUCCUGAGGGUGAGCCCCGCCGAGGUGAUGUUGGGCCGCAGCGCGGACUACUGGCCCGUGCCCACACUGGUGGGCCAGAAUGACGCGGAGGGCAUGAUCGUACUCAUGCCGGACAUCAUCACGACAGACAUGACACCCUCGGCCCGAAACUUGGCGCUCCUGCAGGAGGACUUCGAGCGCGCAGUGCCGGUGGAGCUGGGCCUGGCGCGCGGCUCCGCGACGUCUCGGCUCGUAGCAGACAUGAUGCGGACCCAUUACUUCCAGGGCAAGGCCAUCUCCGAAGCGACCAUCACCAAUUUUGUGCAGAUUACGGGGACCUCCUCUUCUCCGUCGGCCUCGGCCGCUACAUGCGUGCCCUGACUCGCGUGUCGUCGCAACCGGCCUUCUUCUACCUCUUCACGUUCGACGGCAAGCUGUCUGUCUCAAGAAGCUGGCU